ACAAUUACUCACUAUAGUUAACUGUAUAAUACAACAUGUCGUCCAGUGAAAUAUAUCGUUACUAUUAUAAAACCUCCGAGGAUUUGCAGGCAUUCAAAUCGAAUGCGAACGAGAUGUUUUUUAAUCCGAUGGCGGCAUAUAAUCCGCCACCGCUCGUGAGCGCCAAUCAGCAUCAUCAUCAUCUCCUGGAGCAGCAACAGCAACAGUACAAUUGUGCGCCCAACAACAAUUUCUUGACCACCAACGGUUUCAUCACUUUCGAGCAGGCAUCCUCCGACGGCUGGAUUACUUCAUCACCGGCGAGUCAUCGCUCCGAAAGCCCAGAAUAUGUGGAUCUUAAUAGUAUUUACGCUAAUGGUGCGCAUAGCGGCGCCCAUCCGCUGCACGCGACUGUCACACAAUUCGGUUUACAUUUGGAGUCGCCACCAGCGCCGACUACACAAUUAACUGCUGGUUUGCCUGAGAUCACAACAGCGACAAAUAGCACAAAAACCAAUGCGUCCAAGGCGCAAAACAGCGCUGCCACCACAAAAACGAAGCGUUCUUACACGCGGCGCACACCUAAAGCCGCACCAGCGCCAACCGCUUCACCUUCAGUGCCACCAAYCACCAGUGAUGCCAUCGUUUCCAUUGCGACUAAUGCCGCCGCCGCGAUUAGCGCCAAUCCGCACGUAGUUACCAAUACGCCCUACACACACGACUUUCAAARUUUCGACUUUGAYCAAGCUGCUGCUUUAUUCGAUGGUGACAGCGUCGACGAUGAAGAUAUGGACGAUCAUAUGUUGCUUUUUGGCGGCGAUGACGAUUUCGAGCCCGCCGAUGGUUCCUUCGAACUAGCUGAUCAAUCGGCUGGCAUGCAAACUAAGGAUGAUGGCACAGCGUCCACACAACCCGGCGCUAAGAAGCGUCGUGGCAAGCAAAUAUCGCCGGUGGUCAAGCGUAAGCGUCGUUUGGCGGCCAAUGCGCGUGAACGUCGCCGCAUGCAAAAUCUGAAUCAGGCCUUCGAUCGACUGCGCCAAUAUCUGCCGUGUCUGGGUAAUGAUCGACAGCUUUCCAAGCAUGAGACACUCCAGAUGGCCCAAACUUAUAUUGCGGCAUUGGGCGAUUUGUUGCGCUAAGCYGAAAKGAAAGUGCUGGUUCGARGCGUGGCCGUAGCAGUAUUUCUUCGUUGUUGUUGUGAGCUACAAAUGACUGAAUUAGACAAUACAAAUGUAAAUAUU